AAAUUCCGUGUUGCAUUUUCAUUGGUUCUCACUUAAACCCACAUCUCCCCAUAGCCAAUGAAAGAAGACCAAUGCAGUCCUGUGUGACGCUGUUGCUGGGUAGGUGAGACAAAACAACAGACCGUGUUGGAGUUGGAAGCUGAGAGGCUGAAACUGUGAAAGUCUGUUCCUGUCUGGAUCGAUCACUAAACCACGAUGGCAGCUGACUGCGAGGCUUGGCUGAACUCGAACCCCGUCGAGGCUGAGGAUCUCAGUGAUUCAGUCUUAUCUGGAGAAGAAGGUGACGGAAAAUGGUCCGUCUCCAAUAAGAACACCAAUGAGGUCAAUGGCAACUGGAUGGUGUCAUCCAGCAACAGCAUCCAUGAAGCUCGCCUCAAAGCUAAGGCCAAGCGUAAGCUGAGGAAAAACUCUUCCAGGGAUUCUGGCCGGGGGGACUCCCUAAGUGACAAUGGGGAUGUGGCCAAGGGAAGCUCGGCAACACCCACAAGUCCCAGGAGUAAACUGAUGGACAGAAAAUCCCGCCUAGGGAAGGGCAGAGGUCUGCCCAAAAAGGGUGGAGCAGGAGGAAAAGGUGUUUGGGGAAGAUCUGGAGAAGUUUAUGAACCAGUAAAAGUAGAUGAAAAGGACCCCAACUAUGAUGAAGACCAGGAGAACUGUGUCUAUGAGACUGUGGUUCCUCCGCUGGAUGAGAAGGACUUUGAGAAGACCGUCACCCCCAUAGUUCAAGAGUACUUUGAACAUGGAGACACCAAUGAAGUAGCUGAGCUGCUUUCCGAUCUAAACCUGGGGCCCAUGCGGAGCGAGGUGCCGUCGCUGGCCGUGUCACUGGCCCUGGAGGCCAAAGCCAGCCACAGGGAGCUCACCUCCAGGCUUCUAGCUGACCUGUAUGGAAACAUUCUGUCACACGGAGACUUGGAAAAGUCUUUUGACCAGCUGCUCGUGGAGCUGCCUGAUCUGGUCCUGGAUACACCUGAAGCUCCUCAGUUGGUUGGAAAAUUUAUUGCGCGUGCCGUCAACGACCAAAUACUGUCCAAGACCUAUAUUGACAGCUACAAAGGCAAAGUCGACUGUGAAUAUGCCAGGGCCGCGCUGGACCGAGCUGUGGUGCUGCUGAAGAUGAGUAAAGGUGGACUUCGAGUAGACAGUCAGUGGAGCAUUGGUGGAGGACAAAGACCUGUCACACAGCUCAUUAAAGAGGUUAACCUCCUCCUUAAGGAGUACAUUUUGUCUGGAGAUUUGAAGGAGGCUGAGAGAUGCCUGAGGGAUCUGGAGGUUCCUCAUUUCCACCACGAGUUUGUCUAUGAGGCAAUCGUGAUGGUGCUGGAGUCCAAAGGGGAGAAAACCUUCCGAAUGAUCUUACAGCUUCUGAAGUCGCUUUCCGUGUCCUCUAUCAUUACUGUGGACCAAAUGAGAAGGGGCUAUGAGAGGGUUUACAUGGACAUUGCAGAGAUAAACAUAGACGUUCCUCGAGCGUACUACAUCCUGGAGCAGUUUGUUGAGAAGAGUUUCAACGUGGAAAUCAUUGGAAUAAAGUUGAGAGAUAAAUGCCCUCGUCGAAGCCGGAAGAGGCUCGUCAGCGAGGGCGACGGCGAGGUUGUUGAACUUGAGCGAUACUGAGACCUGUCUUUACAGCAGAAUUCCUGGAAGGAGGAGGAAAAACAUCUACGUCUUGCAGAAUGAUGACGUUUUCUCCUGUCUGUCAGAAGAAUUCUGAAAGUGAUGUUAGGUUUGAUGACAGCCGAAGUAGAUCCGUUUUCUUAAAGGUGUUACUAGAGAACAUUGGAAUAAGCUAUCCCUGAAGUGCCACACCUCUCAGCAUUCAGCAUUUCCUUUUGUUGUGUAGAAUAUUGUUUCUUUUUGGGGCCCACUCCUUUGUCUUUACCAAAAAGCAGUGUUGGUAAAAAAAAAAAAAAAGUUGAUUUGUGUUCAGAGCUUUAUUGAAUGGGGUGGGGGCUCAUUUUAGCAGCUGGUAUGCUGUGUUUGACUCUGUUUCCCUGCUGUAACCAGGUGUUCUUCAGGAGGUGUGACAUCACUUCCUAGAAGGCUGUAUAUAAUGUUUAUUUUUGUAUUUUGAGAGGAAAACAGUUCAGUCUGACUCAUUGUUUCUUCAUUAAACAGUUCAUUAUGGAAAA